AUGGUUAGGAUUAACAGACGACUAAGUCGUGGUGGGGGCGGUGAGGGUAGUCGUGGUGGUAGUCGAUCAUCAUCGUCAUCAUCGUUUUCUUCUUCUACUAAUGGUAGAAGUGGUAGUGGGUCGACUUCGAAUUUGACACCUCGCACCACCACAACUGCUAUUGUUUUGGUCAAGGACCCUAACAACUGGUUCAGAGCUAGCCUUAUCUACAUCUUUGGCAACAACAUUGGGACUACUUUACGUGCAGUGUUUAGAGAAGUUUACCCUCAACAGGGUCGCCGCAAUAAUGGUGCUGCUCCUCCACCACCCCCACCUCCUCCUCCUCCUACUGGUGAUAAUGAAACUAAUAUUAGGGCUAACUCUAUCAAUCUUAAGUUUCCAACUUUUGAUGGAGAUGAUCCAGGUGGUUGGAUUUUUAGUGUUGAUCAGUAUUUUAACUUACAUACAGUUGCUGACAAUUUGAAGUUAGCCAUUGCUUCUGCUCAUCUUAAAGGUGAUGCUAAUUCAUGGUAUAGAUGGAAAAGAACAAUGGUUAAUGUCACCACUUGGACAGAAUUUUGUGACCUUGUUCGUGCUCGUUUUUCCCCAACUAAAUUUGUUGAUGCCAGGAUGGCAAUCAGCACCAUAAAACAGAAAGGUACGGUUCGAGAACACAUCCCUGAGUUUGAACGUUUGUUGAACUUUGUUACUGAUUUACCAGAGGAUCACCUAGUCAAUUGUUUUAUUCACUCGUUAAAACCGGAGAUCAGUUCUAUGGUUAAGUUACUUGAACCUCAAACCUUAAUUGAUGCUUUCACAAAAGCACUCAACCAAGAAGAAGUUUUAACAACACGACAACCUUAUCGUCCUCCUAUGUUUCGAUCUUCAACUGCUCCUUCAAAUACUCAGAUCAAACGGAAUCCUUUACCUGCUGGAGCUAAACGACUUACUUGGGAAAAACAAAAGGAGAAACGCGCUCCAGAACUAGUUAUAUCAGAUACUCCUAUUGAGAAUGAAGAAACUAUAGAGUUUACUGAGGAUGAUUCUGAUGCUGUUAUAUCAUUUAACUCUCUUAUGGGUUCUUCUUUGCCUAGAACUAUGCGUGUUAAAGGUAUUUCUAAAGCUCGAUCUCUUACAAUUUUAAUCGAUUCUGGUGCCACACAUAAUUUUCUUCAUCCCACAUUAGCUAAACGAUGUGGAUAUUCUUUACAAACUAAGGAUACUACACUUUGUGUUACGGUUGGUGAUGGUGCUCAGAUUAAUACGUUGGGAGUUUGUGUUGAUGUUCCCAUUACAAUGCAAGAUUAUUCUUUCACUGCUGAUUUUCAUGUUUUGCUUAUCAGUGGAUGUGAUGUUGUAUUGGGAGUUCAGUGGUUGAGAACACUAGGAAAGAUUUAUUGGGAUUUUGAAAAACUCACUACGGGUUUCAAUAUUAAUGGCACUGAAAUCCAAUUAUGUGGUAAUCAUUCUUCUACUAUAAUGCUUUUGGAUAGUGUGCCCAUGCAACGUUUAUUGGCUCGUGAAUAUUAUGGUCUUUUCCUCCAGUUUUCUACACAAGCUAGUUCUUCAUUGAAUGCGAUGAUUACUGCACCACCAGAGAUUCAAAAACUAUUGUCUGAAUUUGCUGAUGUCUUUAAACCUCCAACUUCACUGCCACCAGUAAGAUUACAUGAUCAUAAAAUUCCCUUAAUAUCAGGUUCAGCUCUAGUGAUUGUUCGUCCUUACCGUUAUCCCCAUUUUCAGAAAGAUGAAAUUGAAAAAAAAUUCUCAGAAUUAAGACAAGAUGGGUUUAUUCGUUCUAGUUCAAGUCCAUUUUCUUCUCCUGUGCUGAUGGUACGUAAGAAAGAUGGUUCAUGGAGGAUGUAUGUUGAUUAUAGAGCUUUGAACAAAUAA